UCUUCAGCUCUGACUGAAACAGGUUCAUCAAAUCCUAUUGUGAAGGAAAAAACUCCUGAUGUGUUGCCUAACUUGUCUGGUGUUUUCUGUUGGUGUAAACUUGUUAGUUUUGAUGCAUUGCUGAAUUUAAGGGGAUGAAAUGGAAAACAUCUCCUUGCCGUUUUACUUCAACCUCACCAUGUUUGUGAACAUUGGACAUUACCGCUUUGCAGCUUUCACCUUCUGCUUGCUCCUCUACAGCUUCAUCAUCUGCGCCAAUCUGCUGAUGAUCCUGGUGAUUUCCCACUGCAGCGCAUUGCAUCAACCCAUGUAUUUAUUCAUCGCCUUGUUAUCAGUCAACUCUCUGUACGGUUCUGCUGGAUUCUUCCCCAGGUUUCUCAUGGACCUGCUCUCUGAUGUCCAUUUGAUUUCUCAACUGGCUUGUUUUACUCAGAUUUAUGUUAUCUACACGUACGGUUCAAAUGAACUGACCAUCCUGAGCAUCAUGGCGUAUGAUAGAUACGUGGCUGUGUGUCAUCCUUUACAUUAUCACAGAAAGAUGACGUCUAGAGCUGUUGUUCUGCUGUCGGUUCUGGCCUGGAUCUUUCCAGCUCUAAAUCUUACGGCAGGAAUACUGAUGUCUUCCCGCCUUCCUCUGUGUGGUAAUGAGAUCCAGAAAGUGUUUUGUGCCAACUGGAAUGUGGUGAAAUUAUCAUGUGUCAACACUGCUCUCUAUAAUGUUCUAGGAAUGCUUCUGACCAUCACUACAGUUUUUCUCCCACUCUUUUAUGUGCUUUACACCUAUUUACGGAUCCUAGUUGUAUGCUGGAAAAAGUCAACAGAGUUCAAUGGUAAAGCGUUGCACAGUUGCCUACCACAUAUCGUUUCUUUUAUGAUUUAUUCUGUCGCUGGAUUUUGCGAUAUCGCCUUGAGUCGAUAUAACCUGGAGGACAUAAAUCCAUUUGUUGCUGUUAUUUUAUCCUUUGAGUUUGUCGUCAUCCCUCCAGUUCUGAAUCCUCUUUUGUACGGCCUCAAGCUGCCAGAUAUCAGGAGGCACAUUUUAGGUUUAUUUUUCCAUAAAAGAUGACAUUAACCCAAACAUAUUUCUACAACUGAAAAGAUUGUGGUACGGCAUCAGGAAACGAACCCUAACGAUUGAUGAUGGUUAAAAUUUGGCCAGACCAUCACAGGAAACUAAUUUAAUCCAUUAAUGAUUCAGUUUAUUUGACAAACUUCUACCCUUCAGCUAAUACAAACUCAUGUUUUUAUGCACAUACACGGAAUAUAAAAAGUCUACACACCCAGAUAAACUGCCUGUUUUAUUCACCUUUAAUGUGACAUACAGAUCUGAAAAUAAUUAAGACCCCGCUGCACUGAACCCCAUUGAAAACCUCCUGGU